GACACACGUUUUCGUGUUGCACCGUACCCGCUUCCCUCCAAGGGUGGACUGGAUUCAACUUUUGUUUAGUUUCCCGGACACUCGGUGCUCGGUGAGGCCAGUAUUGGUGUUUUUCCUGCAGCUGAGUCCAGCUCGUCAUGUCGGACACAUGGAGCAACAUCCAGGCGCACAAGAAGCAGCUGGACUCUCUGCGGGAGAGGCUGCAGCGACGGCGGAAAGACCCGGCUCAGCUGUCCGCCGAUGGUGGUGGCAGCACAGACGGCACCACAGUCAGGAGUGACAGCCCUGCCCCAGCAGCUCCGUCCACCUCGCAGGAGGAAACAGAAAAACCACCAGACCCUGAACUGGAGAAGAGGCUGCUGGGAUAUCUGUCUGAUCUGAGUCUCACACUGCCAACAGACUCCCUUUCCAUCACAAAUGAACUCAACAGUUCAGAAACAGCCAUUAGUCACGGCUGCAUCCAGAGCCUGCUGCUUAAAUUCUCUGCUCAGGAGCUCAUCGAGGUCCGAGAGCCCACCUCGGCUCCUUCUUCUUCUACAACUUCCUCCUCCACGUCAACCCCCACGGUGGUCGUAGCUGUGGACCACACAAAACUUUGGGCUAUGAUUGGAUCUGUAGCUGGAGCCCAGAGAACUGGAGUCAAGAGAAAAGCAGAAGACCAAAUGCACAGCAAAAGGGCUGCAGGCUUCUCGCCCUCGCUUCAGAGCUCUGCUUCUCCUCCUCACUCGUCAACCACAUCGCUGACGCCGGCCUCCUCCUCAGAGCCGGGGCCUUCGGCGUCAGGGAGCGGGACGGAGAAGAAGGGCAGGAGCAGUAAAAGCCAGUCGUCUCAUUUGGACAUGGAGAUCGAAAGCCUCCUGAACCAACAGUCCACCAAGGAGCAGCAGAGCAAGAAGUUAAGCCGAGAGAUUCUGGAGCUGCUGAACGCCAGCACAGCCAAGGAGCAGUCCAUCGUGGAAAAGUUCAGAUCCCGCGGCCGAGCUCAGGUCCAAGAGUUCUGCGAUCAUGGGACCAAAGAAGAAUGUGUUCGCGCUGGAGACACGCCUCAGCCGUGCACCAAGUUACACUUUCGUCGCAUCAUCAACAAGCACACAGACGAGAGCCUCGGCGACUGCUCCUUCCUCAACACCUGUUUCCACAUGGACACCUGUAAGUACGUCCACUAUGAGAUCGACAGCCCCCCGGAGACCGAGGGGAACCUGCUGGGGCCCCAGGCGGGGACCACAGAGCUUGGUCUCCACGCAGGGGACGCCGACAGCAAUGUGGGCAAACUCUUCCCUUCACAGUGGAUCUGCUGUGAUAUCCGCUACCUGGACGUGUCCAUCCUGGGUAAGUUCGCCGUAGUGAUGGCUGACCCUCCCUGGGACAUCCACAUGGAGCUGCCCUACGGUACUCUGACCGAUGACGAGAUGAGAAAACUGAACAUCCCCAUCCUGCAGGAUGACGGCUUCCUCUUCCUCUGGGUCACUGGCAGGGCUAUGGAGCUGGGCAGAGAGUGUCUCAGCCUUUGGGGCUAUGAGCGUGUGGAUGAAAUCAUUUGGGUGAAAACCAACCAGCUCCAGAGAAUCAUCCGCACCGGCAGGACGGGUCAUUGGCUGAACCACGGGAAGGAGCACUGCCUGGUUGGUGUAAAAGGAAACCCGCAGGGGUUCAACAGGGGUUUGGACUGUGAUGUCAUCGUGGCAGAGGUCCGCUCCACGAGUCACAAGCCAGACGAGAUCUACGGCAUGAUAGAGAGACUCUCACCCGGCACCAGGAAGAUUGAGCUCUUUGGUCGACCCCACAAUGUCCAGCCUAACUGGAUAACUCUCGGGAACCAGCUGGACGGCAUUCAUCUGUUGGAUCCCGAGGUCGUGGCUCGGUUUAAGAAACGUUAUCCAGACGGCGUCAUCUCCAAACCCAAAAACAUCCAGUCAUCAUAACUGCUCACAUGUCUGAAGAAGUUUGUUUUCAAACUGUUUUAUUUUUUUUAUACCUGUAAACAUUUUUUUAAUAAAUAUUGUCCACUAGAUGCCCCGUCUCCAUCUUGCCUGUGUACUUUUCAUGGUUUCUCUGCACAUUAUCCAUAAUGAUCGCAUUGCCGGACCUCCACACGAUACCA